AUGGCUUCUACAGCUCCCACAACAAAUGCGAAAGAGGGCUUGGCUAACUUAAACGUUACAGCUGCUUUAGAUAUAGAGGGGACUAUUCCACUCGAAAGCGUGCAACUUGAUGGUCUGGUAGUCUUGAAAAUUAUCAAACAUUGUCGUGAAGCUUUUCCUACACCAGUUACCGGUCAACUCCUUGGUUUGGAUAUAAGUGAGGUAUUGGAGGUGACAAGCUCUUUUCCGUUCCCGAGGGCAAAAUAUCAAGUUGAAAUGAUGAGAUGUCUACGUGAAAUUAACGUUGAUCAUAAUACAGUUGGUUGGUAUCAAUCGACAUACCUUGGCUCUUUUCUGACACAUAAAUUAGUUGAAACUCAAUACUUUUUCCAAAAAACUAACAAUAAGAGCGUAGUCAUUGUCCAUGAUGUUUCACGAUCAACUCAUGGAAAUAUAUCACUACGAGCAUUUCGAUUCACUCCGUCGUUCAUGGAAGCACAAAAAGAAAAAAAAUUCACCAACGAAUCAUUACAAAAAAAAAAACUCACAUUCUCGAAUAUAUUCGAAGAACUACCGAUCGCAAUCAAAAACUCGCAUCUCGUAACUGCUCUUCUCCAUUCUCUAAACGAGUAUGAACCGUUGCCGAUAAAAGCCUUGGAUAAAGAUAAGGUCGAGGUUCCACUUACGCCGAAUUUCGAUACGUUGGAAUUGAGUCUUGAUCCUUAUAUCGAGAAAAAUUUGGAAUUCUUGUUGGAGGCGGUGGAAGAGUACGGUCAAGAACAGAGCAAUCUGGCGUUUUGGCAACGAAGUUAUGCACGUGAGCAGUCUAAACUUCAGCAAUAUCUGCAGAAAAGGAAACAAGAAAAUCAAACGCGACAAGCAGCUGGAUUGGAGCCACUUCCUGAAGAAGACAUAAGCAAAUUAUUCAAAUUACCACCUGAACCUUCAAAACUCGAUAGUCUAUUGAUAACAUCACAGAUCAAUAAUUAUUGCAAACAGUUGAAUCAAUACGCCGGUCCUACUCUAGGGAAAUUAUUUGUCGUGGGAGAAUUACAAAAAUAA